AUGUUAUCAAAACAGCCCGAUGGGAAAACAGAGUCAAAAUACAUCACUGGUGUUUCGAAAGGAGCCUCUAAUAACGCCAUUGAUGACAACGCAGGCAACUUUGAAGUAUCAAAACAGACGGCUAAUGGUAGUACCAGCGACGUACAUAACGAGAUUCAGUACAAAUGCCAACCAACUGAUUUAAUUAGCACCUGUCAGCCUUUACAUUACUCCAAGAGGUUAUUGCCUGUUACAGCACUUUACAGUUUUCCCGGGUCUGGAAAUACAUGGAUGAGACAUCUUAUACAACAAAUAACAGGUAUAUACACCGGUGCAGUCUACAAUGACACCAUUUUAAAAAAGCAUGGCUUUCCUGGCGAGGGACAAACAGACGGACACGUUAUUGUUGUUAAAACACAUCGAGUUUAUUUCUUACCAAGAGGAAAGUAUAAACGCGCCAUUAUCAUUAUACGUAACCCAUUCGACGCUUUUUUGGCAGAGUUUAAACGACUUAAUGGAGGCCAUGUAUCAGAGAUUACAGAAGGAGUAUUCAAAGAAAAAAAUAUGGGACGUCGUUUUAACAAUUUUUUACUUUCUAGAAUAGACGCAUGGUUCAAGGGAACACUGUCUGCGUUAAAAUCAUUUGAUACGAAUAGUUCGUCAUUAAUUGUACAUUACGAAAAUCUUAAAACAAAUUUAAGACACGAACUUCUAAGAAUAGGUAGUUUUCUUGGAUUCAGCAUAUCAGAAGAUAUUCUCAAAUGCACUGUUUGUAACUCCGAGGGUAAUCACCAUAGAAACACAAGUGGAUUUUUCAAUCCAUUUUCGAAACAAGAUACAUUCAAGAUUUCGUCGUAUAUCAAAGCAGUUAACGCAACGCUCAAAGAAACAUGUGGUGAUUCGUGUGUGUUUCCAUACUCAACUCCUACUCUAACUGAGUUACUUUAAUAGAUCCGUUAUUGAGUAUAUCUUCGGAAUCGAUGUUGUUGUAAUCUCACAUUAAAGGCAGAAUCAGAUCUUGGGGAUGACAAAAUUACAAGCAACAUGUACAGUUGACCUACCAAUCUAUUCCUUACAAUCUCAAAUACAAUACCUCCCAAAAGAUUCAGGAUAUGAUAUAAAUUGAUGAAG